AUGGGCUAUCAGGAUAGGAACUGGCGGCUGUGGGUGACGGUGAAGAAGAGAUAUCUGAGCCUUCAGAAUCUGGACGAUGCCUUCUCUCUCACAACGGAUCCCUUCUCCUUCUUCAGCGGGGUGCUUAUCAGCGCUAAGCUCCUGUGCCUACUCGCUGCGUGCAUGUGGUGCAUUCCCAUUGUCGCCACUAUAACGCCCGCAACACUGACAGUCCGUUCGGGUCUUUCCAACGGCACUUCUCUGGCUAAUGUUCCUCUUCCCGCGUACGGAAAUGAAUUAACGGGUAUCACAUGGGUCAACUUCGAAGGCGUGGGAAGAGUCGAGUCAACGUCGGCCGCCGUCGAUCGUCUCAUAGCUGCGACAUCCUCAUCCAUCUCGGUGCUACCCUUCACUCCCCCGCAUCCGAACGCGUCCUAUUCACUGGACUUCUACGCACCCGCGAUCAAAUGCGAGACGCUUUCCGCCGCGGCCGCAAACAACACCAUCAAGCUGGACGACCCGAGCAAACUCCGGAAGGCUUGGAACGAGUCUAUGAGCAAUGGCGCACUGAAUCCCCUGUUCGAACAGCUGUAUAUUGGCAACACAAUGACGGUUCUCGACGAAUACUAUAUAGCCAACCAUUUCUUCAUCCAAACGGGCGGCCCGAGCGGGAGCAACUACUCGUGCCACGCGUGGAACGCAUCAUACACGGUCGACUUCCUCAGCGUCGACGGCACCCUCUCGUCGACCAUCACGAACCUCGAGCACGUCACGCCGCUGAACAUCAACGGCAGCGAAGUCGCCUCGGACUACGCGCCGGGCCAGAUCGCGUACUGGGCGCUGAUCUCGGCUCUCUCGGACGUCAUCGUCACCAAGGUCUAUUUCGGCUCGACCAACUCGCUGAUCGGCGCCGACACGGACAUCUUCAAGUCGGGCAUCCCGGCGUGCCCGGAGAUCCGCAACAACAAGGGCAGCGGCAGCAACGGCUUCGGGGACAUCCUGUCGCCGUGGAUGUGCCGCAACGGCUCGGUGCCGCGCGCCAUCGAGGACCUCUCGCACAAUGUUAGCCUCAGUCUCAUGAGCUCGGCGCUCUUCUCGAAUAAGACUGAGGUUGAGGUCACCGUCACGUCGCCGCAGAACUAUUACUCGUACAACUGGCGCAAUCUGCUGUACGCGUACCUGGCGGCGGCCAUCGUGGCGCUGGCCUGUGUUGCUGUCGGCGCCCAUGCCUAUGUGGUGAACGGAUAUAGCGCCAGUUCGUCGUUUUCCAGCAUCAUGUUCACGACCCGCAAUGCCGAUCUGGAUAAGUUGUCUGUCGGUCAGUGUCUGGGCAAGCAGCCGAUGCCAAAGGAUGUGAAGAGCACCAUGUUACGGUACGGCGUACUGCGGUCUUCUGAAGGCCAGACUCCGCAUGCAACUUUUGGAUUUCGUGACACAGUCGUACCCUUGAAGAAGGGGGAUUCGUGUUCGUAA